CAAGACCGGUGUAAAGUGAGAGGAGGCUCUCCAAGCAGCCCGCAUUCCGCAGCCCCAGCCGGCGCCUCUCCCACGCCCUACCCGCCGGUGCGCAGGAUUUCUUUUAUCACGUUGGAAUAAAUCACUUAGAGAGAGCCCGCAGCUCCAUUGCACCAUGUGUGGCAUCUGGGCCCUCUUUGGCAGCGAUGACUGCCUUGCUGUUCAGUGUCUGAGUGCUAUGAAGAUUGCACACAGGGGUCCAGAUGCAUUUCGUUUUGAGAAUGUCAAUGGAUACACCAACUGCUGCUUUGGAUUUCACCGGUUGGCUGUGGUUGACCAGCUGUUUGGAAUGCAGCCAAUUCGAGUGAAGAAAUAUCCUUAUUUGUGGCUCUGUUACAAUGGUGAAAUCUACAACCACGUGAAGUUGCAACACCAUUUUGAAUUUGAGUACCAGACCAAAGUGGAUGGUGAGAUAAUCCUUCAUCUUUAUGACAAAGGAGGAAUUGAGCAAACAGUUUGUAUGUUGGACGGGGUGUUUGCAUUUAUUUUGCUGGAUACCGCCAAUAAGAAAGUGUUCCUGGGCAGAGAUACCUAUGGAGUCAGACCUUUGUUUAAAGCCAUGACAGAAGAUGGGUUUUUGGCAGUAUGUUCAGAAGCUAAAGGUCUCGUUAACCUGAAGCACUCCAUGACUCCUUUUUUAAAAGUGGAGCCUUUUCUCCCAGGACACUAUGAAGUUUUGGAUUUAAAGCCAAAUGGCAAAGUUGCCUCAGUGGAAAUGGUUAAAUUUCAUCACUGUAGAGAUGAGCCUCUGCAUGCCCUCUAUGACAGUGUGGAGAAACUGUUCCCAGGUUUUGAGAUAGAAACUGUGAAGAGCAACCUGCGCAUCCUUUUUGACAAUGCCAUUAAGAAACGUUUGAUGACGCACAGAAGAAUUGGCUGCCUUUUAUCAGGGGGCUUGGACUCCAGUUUGGUUGCUGCCACUCUGUUGAAGCAGCUAAAAGCAGCCCAAGUACAAUAUCCUCUGCAGACUUUUGCGAUCGGCAUGGAAGACAGUCCCGAUUUACUAGCUGCUAGAAAGGUGGCAAAUCAUAUUGGGAGUGAACACCAUGAAGUCCUCUUUAACUCUGAGGAAGGCAUUCAGGCCCUGGAUGAGGUCAUAUUUUCUUUGGAAACUUAUGAUAUCACUACAGUUCGUGCUUCAGUAGGUAUGUACUUAAUUUCCAAGUACAUUCGGAAGAACACGGAUAGCGUGGUGAUCUUCUCUGGAGAAGGUUCGGAUGAACUUACUCAGGGUUACAUAUAUUUUCACAAGGCUCCUUCGCCUGAGAAAGCCGAGGAGGAGAGCGAGAGGCUUCUGAAAGAACUCUAUCUGUUUGACGUUCUCCGUGCGGAUCGAACUACUGCUGCCCACGGGCUUGAAUUGAGAGUCCCAUUCCUGGAUCAUCGAUUUUCUUCCUAUUACCUGUCUCUGCCACCCGAUAUGAGAAUUCCUAAGAAUGGGAUAGAAAAACAUCUCCUGAGAGAGACAUUCGAGGACUCCGAUCUGAUUCCUAAAGAGAUUCUCUGGCGACCUAAAGAAGCCUUCAGUGAUGGGAUAACCUCAGUUAAGAAUUCCUGGUUUAGGAUUUUACAGGAAUAUGUUGAACAUCAGGUUGAUGAUACGAUGAUGGCAGCCGCAGCCCAGAAAUUUCCCUUCAACACUCCUAAGACCAAAGAAGGCUAUUACUACCGUCAGAUCUUUGAGCACCACUACCCAGGCCGGGCUGACUGGCUGACCCAUUACUGGAUGCCCCGGUGGAUCAAUGCCACUGACCCUUCUGCCCGCACUCUGACCCAUUACAAGUCAGCUGCCAAAGCGUAGGCAUGCUCUCAGCUAUAAAGUGAAAGGCAAUGUUUCUUCUCCUCGGGAAGGGUAGGGGACUUGGGGGCAGGAAGGGGAGCAAUGAGCAUCAACCACCUGGGCUUGCUUGGGUGUGAAAAAAAUAAAACAUCUUAAAUCUGAAA